CGUCCCAUCCCACGUACACAUAUGAAAUAUCCCACCUCUCCUCGUCUCUUCCAUCCCAUUCACACUCGAAAACACAAUCCGACGCUCUCCUCUUACUUGAAAUGCUUGUAAGCCGCAUAUGAAUAACACGGAAGAGAGCAAAUUAAUGCAUUUUGGCUCGAAUGGGUUCACUCCACUUUGGAAUUGGCGGUUUUGGGAAAUAGUUCAAUAGUUAUGUACUUAUGUCCGAAAAACAAGAAUGUCAGGUCAACGCUUGUAAUGAACGCAUCCAAGUAGCCACGACUUGAAAAUCAAGACACCAACUUUUAAAACAUAUGCUGGGAAAAUUUAGCACUAAAAAAAGGAGGCAUACCAGCUUAACAGAAGAAGCUCCAAGAGGAAAUUUGGUUUUGUUUUUAGGCCUGACAAUAUAGUUAGGGCCUAACUUUAUGAACUAUGAAACAUGUUGGGCCAUAAUUGACAUUAGACUAUAAUAGGCCCGAUCACUAAAUUUCACCAUGGGAAAAUUGCAGGAAGCUCUAAAACCCAUUUUCUCAAACCCUUUCUUGCACUCGGACUAUUCUAUGUACAUGAAAAUGUUGCAGCUUUGCAUGGACAGGAAGGCUGAAAAAGCCGGUCGUUUGAUUCACAACAAACUAAUAACAAGUGGGUUUGAUUCAAAUGUCCACUUAAACACAAGACUGAUAAUCUAUUAUGCGAAGUUCGGUCACAUGGAUGCUGCUUGUAACCUGUUCGAUAAAAUGCGUCAGAGAAGUGUAGUGUCCUGGACUGCGAUGAUUUCUGGGUUUUCACAAAAUGGGUAUUAUGAAAAUGCUUUGGUAAUGUUAUUGGAAAUGCGUCGGGCGGGUGUGAAGGGCAAUCAGUUUACCUAUGGGAGUGCGUUGAGGGCAUGUACUAGUAUGAGGUGGUUGGAAGUGGGGAUGCAAGUACAUGGAUGCAUUCAGAAGGGUAGGUUUGUGGAGAAUUUGUUUGUUCAGAGUGCAUUGGUUGACUUGCACGCGAAAUGCGGGAAAAUGGAGGACGCACGAUAUUGGUUUGGGACGAUGUCAGAGAGGGAUGUGGUUUCUUGGAAUGUGAUGAUUGGUGGAUAUGCUGUUCAGGGAUUUGCUGAUGAUUCAUUUCGAAUGUUUCGUUCAAUGAUGAGAGAAGGAUUCAUUCCUGAUGGCUUCACCUUGGGAAGUGUCUUGAGAGCCUGUGCUGCUUGCAGUGGUCUCAUGAAGCUCAACCAGACACAUGGCUUAAUCAUCCGAUUGGGUUUUGGAUCACAUAAUGCUUUGACUGGAUCAUUAAUUGAUUCUUAUGCAAAAUGCGGAAGUGUAGGAAGUGCUUACGAUUUAUACAAGAGUAUGCCAGCAAAAGAUAUUAUAUCUUGUACUUCAUUGAUAGUUGGAUGUGCGCGCGAACAUAACCAUAGUAGAGAUGCCCUGGAUCUCUUCAAAGAAAUAGUUCAAAUGCACAUGGAAAUGGAUGCAGUCAUAUUUUGCUCCAUGAUUAAUAUAUGUGCCAAUAUAGCAUCAUUAAGCUUCGGAAGACAAAUCCAUGCUUUUGCUUUGAAAGUUCAAGCCUGUUAUGAUGUGGCCAUGGGAAAUGCUCUCAUUGAUAUGUAUGCAAAAUGUGGAGAAAUUGAAGAUGCUAACCGUGCUUUUGAUGAGAUGGAGGAGAAAAAUGUCAUUUCUUGGACAUCGUUGAUUGCCGGAUACGGGAAACAUGGCUUUGGCCAUAAGGCAAUUGCACUAUAUAAGGAGAUGGAACAUGAAGGGCUAAGGCCAAAUGAUGUUACAUUCUUGUCUCUUCUCUUUGCCUGUAGCCAUAGUGGAUUGACUGGUGAAGGAUCAGAAUGCUUCAAUAGUAUGGUCAACAAGUACAAUAUUUUGCCUAAAGCGGAGCAUUUUUCCUGUAUGAUAGACCUCUUUGCACGUGGAGGCCAGUUAGAAGAAGCUUAUAAUUUGCUAUGUGAGAUGAAAAUGAAACCUAAUGCUUCAAUUUGGGGUGCCAUUCUCGGGGCAUCUAGCACCUAUGGUAAUUUAUCUCUUGGGGAAAUAGCAGCCAUUAAUCUUUUUAAUAUGGAUCCCAAGAAUUCAGUUAACUAUGUUGUUUUAGCAAGCAUAUAUGCUGCACAUGGCGAAUGGGACAAUGUCUCCAAGAUGUGGAAUGUGAUAAAAGAGAGAGGUUUAAAAAAGGAUCCAGGAUGUAGCCUUUUACAAUCUACAAAGAGCAUAACUUCUAUUAGGUCAUGGCAGAAACUAGGAAGUUGUUGCCUUCCAAUGAGAAGUUGACACGUAAGCCUGGAGCAAGAAAAUCAAAUAGAAUCAAACCACCGGAUUUUCUUCAACGUCUGCUACAAACGUUGCCCAGAUUCCAGAAUCAGAACACCCAAUUAUCAAAACACACGAACACUGCCUAGGCCCGAACGCCGCCAUCCACGCCGGGACUUCUAAGAAAAUCCCACACCAGUAAUGCUCCGUCUCUUUCUCUGUCUGUGUUCUCUCUCUGAUUUUCUGUCUGCCUCUCUCUGUUUGUGUUCUCUCUCUUUGUCCAUCUUGUUCCACCACAAAAUGCUGAUGGUUGUGAAAAUGGUGAAAAUGGGUUCCAUUGAUGUCCAACUAGAUUAUUAUUUGGGUUUUAUUGGUGAUAGUUGGAUUUUUUUUUCUAUUAAUUCAUUCUUUGGUCCUGAUUCAAGUGUAAAGCAAUUCUUUCAUAAGUUUUUGUAUAAUCUAAAGGAAACAAAAAUGCAAAUACGCACACAAGGUGUAUGAUGAAAUGCCUCAACCAAUUUGCCAAAUUAUGGGAGGCUCUGUUGUUAAUGCAGGGAAAUCAAGACCAAAAUUGAGAAUGGUAAGAAGUGUUGGUUAUUCAAUUGAUUUUUGCAACGAUUUUGGUGAGCAAAUUUUAGUGACAACCGAGUGUUGCUGCUUCAUUUGCUUCAUUUGAAGAAUCUGUGCAAUGGAAUCUCGCAAGGGAGAAUCUGAACAAGCCACUUUAGCUCCCUUGAUUGGAUCCUCAAUUCAAUCAGCUACAGGUGUAGAGUACAAUAUUACAGGAGGAAAGGACAUAACCCUGCAGGAAGUGAAUAGAGUGUCUCAGGUGCAGUGUACUAAUAUCUGCAUAUGUAACAACCUUUUGCAGGUUGUGACAAGUUUGGCAGAUCCUUCUGCUAACAUCAUAUUUGGACCGGUGGUGGAUGACCGCUACAAUGGAGAGAUUCAUGUUACUAUCAUUGCUACAGGCUUCUGGCAGUCAUUUCAGAAGACAUUAUUAACAGAUCCCAAGGCUGCAAAGCUGAUUGACAAAGUUGCGGCGGGCCAAGAAGGUAAGGGAAUGCCCUUUCCCCUCAAGUCCACAACCUUACCUUCAACUGUUCCAGCAAGACCGUCUACACGAAAUCUUUUCUUCUAAUGCCUUUCUGUUUUUGUUUUUGUUUUAACUCGUUGUGCUAUUUGGCUCUUUAAUGAUCUCGAAGCUAAAUGUAUGAGAAUGACAUUUUGUUUUAGUGGUUGCUCAGUUUUUAUGUAGUUGGAGUACUCUUAUUAUGAUUUUUUAAAUUUUGUUCAUCUUUUUCUCCUUGUUAGAGAGUUCUUAUAUAUUUUCUGUGUACCAAAGAUGCGCUCCUCCACUUUUCU